GCAGUUUCAAGAUGGCUUCCAAUCUCACUCGAAUUUUGUCGAGAAGUUCUCCAGUUUUUCGGUCAGUUUACCUCACUGGAAGCCGCAACUACUCAGAAUCAGAUACUUAUAUCCCUAAAAUAGAGCGUCCAGGUCUCAGUGCUGAGAGGACUAACAUCCCAGAUGUUGUAGACAGCAAACCUGUACAUGAUGGACUAUUGGAGAUUGACCCAUCAAAGGUCGUUGAUAUCUCUGUGUUAAGUGGUGUCCCAGAGGAACACAUCACAACUAGACAUGUACGCAUCUUCACCCCAGCUCGUAAUGCAAUGCAGUCUGGCACAUAUAACACAAGGAAAUGGAGAAUCGAGUUUGAAACACGGGAGAGAUGGGAGAAUCCAUUAAUGGGAUGGACUUCAACUGGUGAUCCUUUAUCCAACGUACAUGUAGAUUUUAGCUCCAAGGAAGAUGCUAUUGCCUUUUGUGAGAAAAAUAGCUGGGAAUAUUCAGUUGAGGAGAAAAGGCAACCCAAAUUGAAAAUGAAAUCUUAUGGAGAUAACUUUUCAUGGUCAAAACGUUGCAGAGUAUCUACCAAAUAAUAUAGGAAAAAUUAGGAUAUUUAUUAUAGGACUACCAUUAAUUCUGCCAAAUAGUAUGUAAUAUAUUUGUGCACGAUGCACAUACAAUACAGGGAGUUAGGUUCACAGAAGUGGCAUACACUAAAGAACAAUUAGAAAACUAACAAACUAUGUGGCAUACAGAAAAGCCUGGGACACUAUCCUAAUGUAGUUGAUGAGUACAAUUUCAAACUACAAUAGACUUCAACAAUCUACUGAGAUGGAAAAAUUGUCUGUUUUGGUUUAAAAGGAGAACACUGAAAUACCUUAAACCUAGAUUUUUGAGUAAUUUUAUUUAUGCAGUAGAAUGUCAAAAUUACCUUAGUUUCAGCUUUUGUUGGAUAUUGACAUAUUUGUGAUUGUUUACAUUUCAUGAUUGCUUUUGACAAAAACAUGUAUUAUGUAAUUUUACUACAUGUAGUUAUAUUUUAUGUUAAUGAUGCAAACAAUAAAACAACUUGCUUAAAAGUAAUAUAUCAUAU